AUGGUCCUGACCGAUGAACGAGAGGAUUUGCUGCUAUUGAUCAUGGUUGUAUUAUUGCUGCUGCUUUCGGCUAUAAUAUGGGUCGCUUUUUGCAUAGCUGUCAAGAAGACCGCCAUGAAAUUCUUCGAGCUGAAAAGACAACGAAGGCGAGAGUAUGACAACAGUCGAGCAGCAUUGCCAUCGUAUGAAGAAGCUAUAUCGAUGAGUCCGAGCUGCGUUCUUGCUCCUACACAAAGAGUUCCUCCUUACAAGGCGGUUGCUCCAAAGAAUGGGAGACUGCUA